AUGGUAUAUGAUAUAUUGGAUGUGUAUAAGAUGCUCUAUGAAGACCUCCUGGCUGUCCCGGUAGUGCAAGGUGUGAAGUCGGAGAUGGAGAAAUUCGCUGGUGGUGAGGCUACUACUACGUGUGAGGCGUUCGUGGCUUGUAAUGGUCGGGCUGUGCAGGGGGCGACUUCACAUUUUUUGGGCACGCAUUUUGCGAAGAUGUUUGGCAUAGAGUUUGAGGAUAGAAAUGGCGAGAAGAAAUUUGCGGAGCAGACCUCGUGGGGGUUCACGACGCGCUCCAUCGGUGUGAUGAUUAUGGAGCAUGGUGAUGAUAAGGGUCUAGUCUUGCCCCCUAGAGUUGCUGAAGUCCAAGUGGUGAUUGUGCCGAUCCCCCCUAAGGGAGCUGGAGCGCAGUGGAGUACUGCUGAGUUGAAGACGAUGAUUGGAGAGAAAUGCAAGAGUCUUUAUGAGGACCUCAACGCUAAUGGUGUCCGCGUUGUUUUGGAUGACCGUGAUGAUAAGACGCCAGGCUACAAGUUCAACCAUUGGGAGCUCAAGGGUGUGCCCCUCCGUAUUGAAGUCGGCGCUAAGGAUCUUGAAAAAGGUGUGGUGACCUUCGUACGGAGGAAUACUGGGAAGAAGUCGCAGGAAGCUGAGCAUAGCUCUGUGAAGGUGAAGGAAGCUCUUGAGAGCAUCCAAUCGGAGUUACUCGAGACGGCGAGGGCUAAGCUUGAGGAUGGUAUCGUGAAGGUGACUAAGUGGGAUGAGGUUAUGCCCGCCCUCAACGCGCGCAAACUCAUAUUGGCACCGUGGUGUGAGACUGAAGAGAGCGAAGAACAGAUGAAGAAGAUCACAGCUGAAGAAAGCAAGGAGCAAAUAGUGGUUACUGAUGAGGAGGGUGGGUACACUUGAUCUGGUGAGGAUGGUGACACUUGUGGUGACCAUGACAGGUGGCGCUCCUGCAUUGUCGGGUGCAAUGAAAUCGCUGUGCAUCCCUCUGGAAAGUUCUGGAUAUCAGUUCCCGAUGCCUGAGGGAACCAAGUGCUUCUUCACUGGCGAGCCGGCUAAGAGGUGGUGUUUAUUUGGUAGAAGCUAUUAAAUGUAGUUUAGAAUGUCCGUCGUUACUAACAAGCACGUAAUCUACUCCCAUCGCAGUUUCUACGUUC